UAAUAAGUCAGGAGUCUACAUUUCUUGGUAAUAAGGCACAAGUGGCCAACCUCCUGAGAUGGAGACGGGCCGCGUGGUGUUUGUUGUCCUACAGGGUGAAGGGCGGGACUGUCGUGGCGGCGCCUGCUGCGGGACGCGCCAACUUUUUUGGUGUGUGUCAUCUCCACAUAACAACCAUGGUGGAGGUGCAGCUGUGGGUGCGGCCUGAGGUGAUGGAGCUUGGGGUGCUCCCCAUCCUACCCCCAGACAAGGUUUCCUUAGAGAUGUUGUCCCGUCUGCUGCAGUAUGCACAUGACCUAGGGGAACGUGGCUUUCCACAAAUGAACUAUGACACCUGGAAGCACAUAGCUGUGAAGAAGAUGGGAUUGAGUGUGGAGUGCAGCAUGGUAGUCUUCUUCUCCUGUCUCCUGUUCUCCAAACUAUGCCCUGGGCGGGACCAUGAACUGGAGGCUGCCCUUGCUUCUGCUACCUCACAGAAGGAAAGAGACCGAGUUAUGGGGAGUGUGGAGGUUUGGACCAUGGAGCUGAUUGUGCUGCUUUACCUCCACCGGGUGACCAGUGCACACCCGAGAGUCAUUGCCAGACAAGCCUCUCUCCACACUCUUACCACUGACCCGUGGCCCAAUAACAACACCUCAGGCUCAUCAACCAGGAAGCAGCUGUUGGAGGAGAAGCAUGGAGAAUUUGUGCGUGAGGCAUUACCAGAACUGCUUAGUUUACUGGCUGGGCAUCUUCAAGUGGAGGACACAGAAAAGAGAAAGAGCUCAGCAGAUCGACGAACUGCUAGAGAACUUUUGGGCUUCAUGAAAACAGCUGGAGUACUCUCAGUGGAUGUGGUCAGGUCUCUUUCCUUCAUAAUUGGAGCAUCAGUUCCAGGUGAAAAAAGUGAGCGAGAUCUCUUGUCUGUGGCAAUGGACACUAACAAUUGUUACAGAUCUGGCUACCUUAGUAAAAAAAAUGCAUUCCAGAAGGGACUGUUUGAGCAGUGGCUGCUUCAGGGGCUGGACUGGGCACCCCAUGGAGAAUGGCUGUGUGUGAGGCGUGGAUGUCGGCAACCUUGGCCUGUCGUGUCCUUAGCACCUCAGUCCCACCACCGCCUUGUGGCCUCUCCUAAUGCCAGCCUCCGUAUGGUGUACAUUUGUGACAUGAUGGAAGGCCUCACUGCACACAUGGGAGAUGAAGCGCCGCCCUUUGAUCUUAAGGUGCGGCGAUGCUCUAAGUCAAAUAUAUAUAUCCUGCAACCUAUCAGAAAUGCAGUGAUACAUAAGUGCCAUGAGACACGAGUAGUACUGGGGCCAGUGACAGGUCGGCUACGUCUUAGUGAGUGCCGCAACACUGUGAUAGUAUGUGCAGCUCGGUCUGUGGUGGUGGCAGACUGCAGGGGUGUGGUGGUGCACACACUCACCCCACAGAGACCUCUUCUGGUAGGAACCCGCACCCAAGGGGUAACAUUGGCCCCCCUCAACAUCCAUUAUCCAAAGCUGAAGCAUCAUAUGGCUAAGGCACAACUUCAGUCACAUAUCAACAUGUGGAACAGACCUCUUCAUCUAGGUAUUGAGGGAGUAUUGAGUGGUGCAUGUGAGGUCAUGAACCCCGAAGAUUUCCAGCUGUUGGUCAUUCCAUUCACCCAAACUCCUCCAAUAGAUGGAAGACCUCCUCUGCUUCCUCCUGGCCUUCCACAUGAAUUUGCCAAGAGUGUUGAGGAAGCAGGGAAGUAUGUGUCCAGUUUCCGAGCAGAGGUGCGAGAUGCAGACCUCUCUCCAGAUCAGCGGGCAGUGUUGCAGAAGGCAAUUGAUGCCAAGUUCAAGUCUUGGCUGAGAGAAACUGGGAAGCAACGGGAGCUUGAUCAGCUGGAGAAGUUAGCAGUCACUCUGAAGUAUGAGAGAGUGGCUAAGACAACAGCCAUAUGAGAGAGACAAGUAGGUUUAUGGGUAGCUCUCUAGAUUUCUGAUUCCUUGAAGCAUCAGUUGUCAAGCACCAAAUGAGUACCAGUGAAAAUUAAACUUUUAUGUGGAAAUAUAUAAAAUGGUAAUUUUAUGCUACAUUUCCAUGAUAUCAAACAUUAAUUUCUGUAAGGUGUAAUUCCUUGUUAGAUUUUCAUUUGCGUACAUGAAUAAUUUCUGUAUCAAUAUUUGCUGAUGGGAUGAGAUGAAAAUCAAAUUUUUACCUUAAUAUGGUGAAUUUAGAAAAGAGGAUGGUCUGUAAAUCAUGUUAAGGUUUCAUUAUUUAUUUAUUUUUUUUUUUCCAGUUUUUUGUAGCAAAAUGAAAUUUUGAUUUUUAGUUAAAGAUGAAGCUGAUCUAACUAAGCCAAAUUGGUUUCAGAAUUAUUUAUGACAGUUCAUUACAGGUACAUUAUCUUUUAUCUGGAAUUGUAAAAAUCUAAAUACUCUGAAAUCCAGAAGCCAGGCCUGGCAAUAAAGUGUUUUAAUAUAUAGUCUUCAUCAGUCUGCACAUUUUCCUCUUUGUUUUUUAACACUUGCAAUGCUGCUGCUACCACACCUCUUCAUAUAUAUUUGCCACUUUGUUGCUGUGGUGCCCACACUGCUGCCUAGCACCAUACUGCAGCCAGUCUUGCCAGAGUUGCCAAGUCUGCAGUUUACCUAAUUGGGCUGUUUCUGGUGAGAGUUAGUGGGGAAAAAAUACUCACAGGUUGGUGUUUUUGGGCAGUUUUUGCAUAGAAAGUUGCUUCACAUUGGGAUGAUUAGCUUCAAAUUUUGAAAACACUUGAUACAUGAGCACCUGGUCGUGUUAGUACUCGAGAAGGAUUGUCACACAUGCAAGGCUGCAUGUGUGUAUGUGUGCUUGGCUGAUGUCUACAUGCAUCAUGAUUAUCCACAAGCAGUUUUUUAUUUAGUGUCCUGUUUAAGUAAUUUAUAUUAAUAUUAUAAUACUUAUUUUUUUAUUUAUAUUUAUAUUUAUAUUAAUGUUCUUAUAUUCUGUUGUUUAAUAUUCCUUUAUUUGUGGUACAAAGAAUAAGUGCUGUUAUAGGUGCUGUUGAAGAGGCUAUGCCUCCCCAUUGUUUGUUAGAGAAUAACAAAUAACACACAUUUUCAUGUGCAGGAUAAUAUUUGUAAAGAUCUAAUUAUUCAUGAGAUUGUAAAUUACAAUACAGAGAGCUAUUGAUGAAGCAAGUACAAAUAGUGAAUACCACGUAUACUUAUGCAAAUUGCUAAGGAAAAAAUAAGUAUGGCUGCUGUAAAUACUGUGUACAGAGGAAGAUAUGUUCCAAAAUUUGGAAAAUUCUGGAGUUUGGAAAGUGUCAGGUCCCAAGAAUUCUGGAUAAAAGAUCAUGUACCUGUACCUCCAUAGUAGUAUAUGACUGACUAUCUGAUGGAUAGAUGAAGUGGGAUUUUACCUUACAGAAAACAGUAAUAUUUAGGAACAGGUUUGAUAAUAAUUGCAUAAUUGAAAUAAGGCUGUGCUUUUCCUUCUGUUCCAGUUUUAUAUGUACAAUCACACUUUGCCCUGGAGGGCUAAGGUUUUGUUGCUCAACAUUUUUGUUAUUAUUGAUAAUGACAUAAGUUUCAGCCUGAUCUGGCUGUGACAAAAUGACAACAGGAGGACACCACCACUGGUAUUACAGACACAUGAAAGGCUUUUAUGUCCUUGAUUUUAAUGUGAGAUUACAUUUUUUUCAUAUAUGUUUAUAUAUCACUUGUGCUUGUUUUGUUAUCUCAGUUAUGUCAUUGUAUUUACUUUACCUUUGUAGCAUUAAUUUUUGGACAUUUUUCAUUGUCAAGAUUAGUGUAUCAAGUUUUCCUCCAGGAAUCAUUUACUGGUGCUGUCUCUAGAAUAUCACUGAUUUGUGGGGUUUAGUAAACAAAAUUUAACUGCCCUUGCAGGACAUCUGGAAUGCUUGUUACCAGAAGCUUUCUGGAUUUCACAUUUUUUCCAGAUUUUGGAACACACACACACACACACACACACACACACACACACACACACACACACACACACACACUUCUACUUAGUGAGUUUACAUUAUGGAAAACCAAUAGUAACCAAAAAUGUUGUACAUAUCUUAAAUUAAAAAUGCAUUACUGAACAUACUAGUAGUAGUAUUGUGAUUAUCAUACAGUAAUAUGAUUUAUGGUAUUAUACUGCUUUUUGUAUUGUAUUGAAAUUAAAAUGUGAAUAAGUUAUAAA